AUGCGAGGAACUGAUUCGGGAACGGCACUGUGUUGUCGGAAUAAGGUAUUUGUUGUGGAAUUGGCAAAAAUAUCCUGUCCUGGUUGUGGCUUCGAAAUCAGCCAAGCGAAUUAUUGUAUGUCAGCCAAGCGAAUUAUUCUAUGGCGUGGAAGUGUUGGAUAUUUGCUGCCUUUGGUGAUGGAAGUAUCCUCCGUUGUGAGGUUCCAGAGACAACUGUGCUCCGGAGUAUACAAAGUUAAAGUGGGAUUUUCUGAUUCUUGUGAGUUAAAUCGUUUUGCGAAAAGAAGCUUCGAUGGGCCAGGUUUACAAGUGAGGGAAUUCAAAUUUGCAUUUGAUGAUUUGGUGUUAACAAUUACAAAUGGAUAUAAUAACAUAAAGAAAUUAAAAUUGUCGAAGAGCCGUGUCGCGUAUUAUUCCAAUACAACAGCUACUAAACAAAUAUUGCUAAUCUGCGCCGGAGAUGUUGAGCAAAAUCCAGGUUGGGUUAAUUCAGAAGGGAAUGAAUCAGAUUAUUUAGAAAAUUUUGCCGGGGAAAUAGGCAGUGGAUCAAACAAUCUAAAUGUAGCCCACAUUAACGUACGCAGUCUCAGGAACAAGUUAGAUGAAGUAAAAGUUUUAAUGCAAGUAUGCUGUUUUGACAUCCUGGCGAUUACAGAAACACAUUUAAAUCAAAAGAUAUCAAAUAAGCAACUCGAAAUAGACAACUAUAAAAUUGUAAGAAGGGACAGAAACUCAGGAGCUGCUGGUGGGAGAUGUCUUGUUGAUAUAAACAAUCACAUUUGUUCUUCGCAUCUUAAAUCCCUAGAGGUUCUUGAAAUAGAGGGAAUUUGGUUAAAGAUCUCGAUAAAUUCCACAGUCUUUAUAGUAGGAACUAUUUACAGACCGCCUGAUGAUAACGAGUUCUUUGGUCACUUUCGACAGAUAUUGGAAAGAGUCUGGAUGAAACACAGGAAUGUUACGAUAGUGGGAGAUUUCAACUGCGAUUUUUCUUGUAGGGCAGGUGAUAUCAUUUUGACAACUUGUGGGAAGAGACUACAUAACGUAUUAAUCCAAUUUGAUUAUUCGGUAGCCAAUAAUCAACCAACCAGAGUAACAGAAGACACUUCCACUCUAAUUGAUCUCGUGAUAACCAGCAAAGCAGAACUAAUUAAACAUACAAUGACGCUAGAUUUGCGAAUAUCAGAUCAUAAGCUGGUGAAUGCUUGUUUGAUGACGGAAAUAAAAAGACCACCCCCUAAGAUCGUGAAAGCGCGCAGUUACAAACAUUUUGACCAAUCUAAGUUUGUUAAAGAUAUCGAAGAAGCUCCUUGGUCAGCUGGCGCAACCUUUGAUGACGUUGACGACUGUUAUCAGACAUGGUUGGAACUUUUUAAUGGCAUGUGAUGGGCAUGCUCCCUAUAAAGAAAUUAAGAUAAGACGGAAGACCCUUCCAUGGAUUACUCCACAAAUAAGACACAAGAUGAACAUGAGGUACAAAACACUCCUAAAGGCUAGACAAAGAAAGAAGGAAGAACUGUGGGCAAAAUACCGAAAUUCAGUAAUGAAAGAGGUCUGGUUGGCCAAAACAAAAUAUUACACAGAACUGUUUGACAAAGUGAGAGAUUGCAAAUCGUACUGGAAGGUAAUUAAGAAUGCCACCAACAGCCAAAAGAGGCAGCCUAUACUGGGUAUUAGGAAAUUCGAUGGAUCAAUGGAAACCUCAGACCAAGGAAAAGCUGAUCUAUUAAAUGAGCACUUUUCCAAGAUAGGUGAAAAGUUAGCAAACAAAUUUCCUGUAUCAAAUCAAGGUGAUUGCUUCAGACAUAUUACACGUUCCUGUAUCCAAUCAAGGUGAUUGCUUCAGACAUAUUACACGUAUAACUCCGACAGUUAUGCAUAUCGCAUUGUAUAUGGACGUCAUCUCGCGGAGCCUGAAGAAUCUCAAACCAGAUAAAGCAAGUGGACCAGACAAUGUACUUCCUAAAUUGUUGAAAUUUGCCGGAGAUGCUUUAAUACCAUCUCUGAUGUCACUUUAUACAAUUAGUAUGACUUAUAAUGUCGUCCCUAAAACGUGGAAAUCAGCCAAUGUGACACCUUUAUUCAAAAAAGAAGACGAAACAGAUAAGCAAAACUAUCGACCAAUAUCCUUGUUAUGUGUACCAGGAAAACUUAUGGAAACAAAUUUUGUUCAACAAUUUCAACCCAUAUUACGGAAAAUCAACUUAGUAACUGUAGACAAUGGGCUUAUAAAAAGGGUCACUCUACCAAGCUGUUAUUGGCUAAGAUGACGGAAGAUUGGAGAAAGGUGCUCGAUAAAAAUCAAGUAGUUGGUAUUGUGUUUGUUGAUUUCCGAAAGGCCUUCGACUCAAUAUCACACUCGGUAUUACUUCAAAAACUGCAGGAUCUCGGUAUCUCUGGGGAUCUUUGGUCCUGGAUUGCCGACUACUUGUCUGAUCGUUCGCAAAUGACGGUCUUAAAUGGGUGCCAAUCACAGUCCAUGUCAGUUCAAUAUGGUGUUCCCCAAGGAUCGGUGCUUGGCCCUAUUUUGUUCUCUCUCUACUGCAACGACCUGCCAGAAAUCUGCGAUGAUGAUGAAGGUGAUAUCUACAUGUAUGCCGACGACACCACCAUAUAUGUAAUUGGCCCAACUCAUGAUUCUGUUGCCACAACACUCAAUAGAGUUAUAUGUAAGCUACAUGAGUGGUGUUGCAAUAACUUUUUAACACCACACCCGGACAAAACUGAAUUCAUGAUACUUGGGCGAGGUAAAUUCGUGGGGCCAUUGCAAAGUAUUAAAUUAGGAAAUACUUACCUCAAACAAGUCGAGUCUUCCAGAUGUUUAGGAAUUGAAAUAGAUAGUACAUUAAAGUGGAAAGCUCAUGUAACCGAUCUAACUAAGUCAUUCGCACAAAAACUUAAUCUUUUAAAGUCCCUUUAUUUUUUACCAACUAAGGCAAGGGCUGAUUUUUACUUUAAAGUUAUAUUACCCUCAAUCACAUAUGGGCUCGUAAUAUGGGGAUCAUGUGGAAAAACCCUAUUUGAUGAACUAGAGCGUAUACACGUACGGGCGGCCAAGGUGAUUUACAAGUUGGACCUGCAAACACCAACAGAGGAUGUUCUAGCCCAAACAAAUUGGAAACCUCUGGAGAAGUUAUAUUCUCAGAGAUUGUUAUUUUUAGCACAAAAUUGUUAUUAUGGUUAUUCCCCAGGGGCGGAUCUAGAGUCGUCAAAUCAGG